CAGUCAAGCAAGGACUUAAGUCUGCCUAUGCCCUAUGACAUUCGAUGUCACUUUCGUUACUAGAUCGCUGAAUAGUGCACAGGCAGACGUCUAACAUAGUUGUGAUAACGUCUCUGACAUAGUGCAUUUGGAUAAAAUUAUCCCAUUCGAACUGCUCCAGGCAUGUGCAUAUUUACCUAAGUUAAGCCAUUACUUUUGUAUGCAUGCAUAUCUCUUUCCAUGCUUAUUUGUCAAUUAACUUUGUCUAUUGAAAUAUUUGUAAUCGUCCAAAUUCCGAUUGGUUUGACGUCAACAUUCACUGACCAAUAGCGUUGAGAACAUUAGAAUUUCAGGAAGUAAAUUAUAUCAUUUAUGCAACUUGUUUCUAAACAGACGAUUGUACCGACCACACGCAGGUUUGUGGAUAGGUGCCCUACCGCUCCAAUCUGAAGACUUAAGUUUCGACUGACAGAGAAACCCUCUUCGUCCGCAUCUGUCAACAUUUAUUUGAGAUCUUUCUGGAAUGGCUCAGGUACCCAAAGUUCACCUUGCGGGUGGUCUUGAAAUAUGCCGUAUUUUGAAUGGUAUGUGGCAGGUUUCUGGUGCUCAUGGUCCAGUAGAUCCAGAAAGAGCAGCCCAGGCCAUGGAAUCCUAUGUAAAUGCUGGACUGACAACCUUUGACAUGGCCGACAUUUACGGUCCAGCAGAAGAAAUAUUUGGAAGAUUUUACAGUCAGGUCAAGACCAGGUCCAGCAGCCCCCCCCCAGUGCAGGCCUUUACCAAGUGGGUGCCAAGACCUGGAUCGAUGGAUCGCAAGGUGGUAGAGAAGGCAAUACAAAGGUCUUUGGAUAGAAUGCAAGUGGACACACUGGACUGUGUCCAGUUCCACUGGUGGGACUACAAUGACAAGAGAUAUCUUGAGGCUCUUGGACACCUAGCUGAUCUACAACAAGAGGGCAUCAUACGGGAGUUAUCACUGACGAACUUUGACACUAAGCGACUGGAAGAGAUUACAGGAAAAGGGAUUUGUAUCUCCAGCAAUCAGGUCCAGUACUCUCUCAUUGACCGCAGGCCAGCUGUCCACAUGGAGCGCUUCUGCCUGGACCACGGCAUUCAAUUGCUGACAUAUGGAACCCUAGGAGGGGGUCUUCUGACGGAGAAGUAUCUGGGUCGCGCCGAGCCAAAAAGUCGGGCCGAGCUCAACACAGCGUCCCUGGGCAAAUACAAAAAUAUGGUGGACAUGUGGGGCGGGUGGGGCCUCUUCCAGGAGCUGCUGGCCGUGUUGGACACCGUCGCCAAGGGCCGCAGCUGCUCCAUUGCCAGCGUAGCCACGCGCUACAUCCUGGACCAGCCAGCGGUAGGCGGGGUGAUCGUGGGCUGCAGGCUGGGCGUCCCCGGGGCGGAGCAUAUUGAGGACACGCUGCGCAGCUGCGCGCUGGAGCUGCGGCCCGAGGAUGUGAGCGCCAUCAAUGGCGUGCUGCAGCGUUCCCGAGAUCUGAUGCGCGUCACCGGAGACUGCGGAGGAGAGUACCGCUAGUACUGCCAAGGCGAGCACGCAGAGAGGAGGGACAGGAAACUCACAUGAAUGUGGUGUCUGACGGGCAGGUGUGAUGUCCAAUCAUCAAAGUCAAACACAAUUUUAUCUGUGCAGGUUUAGGAGAAAAUCCAUUAUCAUUUAGAUGAUGGCUGUGCUGUGUAAAAAGCUUUUAAUUGUGCAUGUAAAUGUGACUGUGUGUGAAGACAGAGGGAGAAAAUGAUGCAAGACUGGUGAAAACUUUUUACUAAGUAACUAGCUAUAAAUAUGCAUUUGAACUGUGGAAAUGAAAUAAAACACUGCAGUAAUGUAAUAACCUAGACAAAUAAUGGUGGGAAAGGAGUAGAUCAGGCCAUCCUCAUGGCAGACAAGAGGGAGGGGGUAAUGAGUGUGGCAGAUUGAAGGGGUCAUCAUAACUGACCCAUGAGGUGUCAUUAAUGGGGAUAACCAGAUGGAUGUAUGGGACUGUCGAGAGGACUCUCCAGACAGCUAUCUGAAUUGAUUAUGUAUGUAUGUAUGUAUGGGGGAGGGGUAUUUUAAAGAAAGCUGCACAGCUCAGUAACCAUAGUAACAUUGUCACAUCUGCCUGGCCUGAGACCACAGAGCAUCAGGGACCACCUGGAGCAGAAAGAAGAGGUGUGAGGGUUGACAGACAUCACUCUUCGCGACAUAAGCAAACACUCUGCUGUAAUGUCAAAGGAGACAUUUUGAGUGCAAGCUUGAAUAAAACACCAAAAUGGCAA